ACACACACACAUUGGCCGAUAACUCAAUUGAGCAGAAAACGUCGAGUUCCGGUGUAGUUAUAAUACAUUUAAUAAAUACCGGAAUAUGGGGUAAAAAAUUGCCUUUAACAUUCUACCGUUUUCGAGAGCCAAUAAAUCCGUAACCGACGGUAAUAAUUGUUAUUGAAUAAAUAUUUAAAGAACCAAAAUUCUUCCAAGUCCGGCCGUCGACUGGCCACGUUGUGCUUGCGGCGACUGACAGCGACUUGUGGCUUUUGCAUAGAUCAUGUGGCCCGGAAGAAUUACUGCAGGCCGCGUGUUCGCGUUGUUAACGUUGUUCAACCGAGGUAUUUUAGUGAUUAGUGUGAAAUUGUUAGACGUGCGAAUCAACAAUCACACGCUUUUGGGUAGUAGCACUACACUAACAUGCAUCUACGAUCUGGAAGGUGAGACUUUGUACGCCGUUAAGUGGUAUAAAGAUGGCGAUGAGUUCUUCAGGUACCUACCAAAGAACAAACCAGAAAUACAAGUAUUCGAACAACGAGGGAUAUAUAUCGAUAUCGAUAAAUCAAACGCAAACGAUGUUGUGCUUAAUUCGUUGGAGUUAUCAAGCAGCGGUACUUAUAGAUGUGAAGUUUCCGCGGAAGCUCCAUCGUUUCAAACAGUUUUUCAAGACAGAGAUAUGGUCACCAUGACGAUGCCGGAUGGAAGUCCAAGGAUAGACGGUCUUCUAUCCGAAUACUCUACAGGAGAUGUAGUCCUCGCCAAUUGCACGUUAAACACGACGAGAUCGCCUCACGCACAACUCGUUUGGUACAUAAACGAAGAAAAGGCAAAUUUGUCGGUUUUGCACGGGCCGUAUUUCAAAUAUGCCAGCGCCGAAGAAUUUUUGACUACCGUGCUGGGACUAAGCUUUAAAGUGACCAGUCAUCAGACAGAUAGCAGUAGCGUUAUGCAUUUGAAGUGCGCGGCCCACCUGGCAUCGGUUUACUUGCAGUCAGACGAGCAAAUUGUGAAAUUCGUAAAACGAUGGCCUGCCCAAUCGAUAAUCGGCGACACUGGUUUGAAAACGAGUUCUCUGGCUAAUAAGGGCACUCUACUAAUCCAAGCGACUUCCACAGGAGAACAUCUCGUGGCCAACGCGAUUUCCUUGAUCUGCACUGUUUUGGUGAUCUUUUUCGAGAAAUACUGUAAUAACGCUUCGUUUUAUUAAAGCCGUUAUUCUUACAUGUAUAUUAUAUAAAUAGUUAUUUUAAAUUAUGUUAUCAUCGUUAUUAAAAUUGGAUGUAUGAAAUGAUUACGGAGGUUCAGCCGAAAUGAGCUCGGCCGUUCGAUGUACCAUAAACGAAAUAUUGUAAUCGUUAUGAUAAAUCAACAGUAAAAACAUAUUACAAUAUGAGAUAUUAUACGAUAAAUUAUUAUCUAGUUGCAUCUCGUCAAAUCGUAUCAAAGCAAUCGUAUUUCGCCGUGUAAAACCCGGUUGAUCCCUUAAUAAAAAGGAAACGCGGCAAUAUAAAGAGCGCAAAAGCCGUACGGAUGCAAGUGCGAAUAAAAGGUUUACCCAAGCGGCUAAACUCGUGUGUUAUUAGACAAUACUACUGUAAACCCAGUGAACCAAAAUGCCACCGAAAUCCUCUUACUAUUCCGGGGACAUGGCAAUUUGGUUUUCAGACAUGCGUUCCCGUCUUGUUUCCUUUUAUUAUGUAUUUUUACAUACACUGUCUUCGCCCGCUAUAGCAAAAUAUAUAUUAGGUAUGUUAUAUGAAAUUCACGAAAUUUGUCCUCUUGCCAUUUAUAUAUGAAUAUAAUUUUGUUUUCAAAUGUAAAAAAAAAAAAACACUCAAACUAUAGUACAAUAACUGUUGGUUUCAUGAUUGUUUACACGUUUCUCAAUAUACUAUUAUUACACUUCAUCCGAAGUUCAACGCUUUUAAGUUUUAACAAGGUCGACGACAAUAACGAGAGCUGAUGUAUUUAUUUUGAAAUGCGGUUACAUCGCUCUUGCGAAUUAAUACGAGUUAGCGACGAACAUAGUUACUAAAGAUGCUUAUUUCUUGUACAACCCAUAAUAUAAUAAAAUACUUCUUUAUAAUAUGAGGACAACGACAUGGAAUUGAACUGCGAGUUAUAACCACACUUAUGUCCCUCUUGUGUAGUUUGGCACACUUAAAAUGGGAAUUUAUAAGUUCAAAAUCGAGCCGUGAUAGCUCUACAAGAAAAUAUAUAACUGAGCCAUUACUAAAAUCCUAAUAAGUAAAAACAAACUGGGGCAAAGCCGGUGCUAUUUAGCAGUAGCCGGGGUUAAGCCUCCUCUAGCUCAUUUAAGGUCUCCUUUAAAUUUUAGCUUUAAUGCGAAGCUGAUAAGGUUUUGUUUUACAAUGGUUUUAUUAAAGAGUCAGGCCUAGCCUAGUAAAAUAACUUUUAUCCGUUAAAAUCUAGCAAUGAAAAAACAACCAAGUUUAUUAUGAUUAUUGUUGAUUACAAUAGCUCAAUAGCAGCAAGUAUUGAGAAGAGGAAAUGUGAUGGGGGAAAGCUGGCUCCAACUCCGUACCGAUAUACUAAUGUUUUGAUACUACCUAUGAUAAUUAAUUAUAACCAAACAAAAACCUUUUGUAGUGCUGAUAAUUAAUAAUUAUUGUCUUUUGUAACCAUAAUAACAAUUAAGACGAUUAAUCACGUUAAGUAAAACAAAAUAAAAAGUUUUCCGUUACCAUUAUUUUUUAAAUAUCGAAUUAGGUAUAAAUAAUGGCAUUGCUAAAAUUCUACUACUUGUGCAGUUAUACAAAUUUGAAAACUGGAAUGAAGGGAAAAUUCGUUCCAAUUAUUUGUUUGUAUAUACGUUAUUAAGUAUUAAGUUGUUGACCCCUAUAAAAAACAAAUUAUUAUAAUAAUAUACCUGCAUAAGCAAAAAUAUUACUUUUAUGCAAAAUUUAACCACUACCUUCUAUUGGAGAAUGAACUUGAAUUUCGUUUAUGUAAGUACCGUGUCAGGAAUACAAGUUUUACUAAUUAAAAUUAUAUAGGUAAAAAAUAGAUUUUAUUUUUUAUGUUUUUAGAUUCACAUCUUAUGUAUAGAAAC